AUGCUCGUGCUGAUCAUGUGCAUCCUGAGCCUGGCUCAGAUGAGUACUACCUGCAGCGUGCCAGAGCUGUGUCCUACUCAGGCCUCCAUACAGCAGGAGAUAUUGGACGUGCACAAUAACUUCAGACGCUCAGUGGUGCCGACAGCCAGUAAUAUGCUAAAGAUGAACUGGAGUGUGGCGGCGGCAGAAUCUGCACAGAAAUGGGUCGAUAACUGUAACAUGACUCACGGCCCGCCUAGCACCCGCAUGAUUGGAACAUAUGAAUGUGGUGAGAACCUGUUCAAAGGCUCAAGCCCUGUGUCUUGGACGACCGUCAUUACAGCUUGGCACAGUGAAGUCACCAAUUACAAAUAUGCCUAUGGAUCCAUCAAUGGAAAAGCGAUUGGACAUUACACUCAGGUGGUGUGGUAUAGCUCUUAUGAGGUCGGUUGUGGAGUGGCCCAGUGUGGAAGCUCAUACUUCUAUGCCUGCCAUUACUACAGAGCAGGAAAUUUCAGAGGAGUUCCACCAUACUCACUGGGAACCCCAUGCUCUGCCUGUCCAAACGCGUGUGAAGAUAACCUUUGCACCAAUCCUUGCCCAUACAUCAACAAAUACAUCAACUGCCCUUCCUUGAAAGACGAGGCAACUUGUGACAACUACUAUGUGAAAACCUGGUGUCCAGCCUUGUGUCAGUGUGACACAGAGAUUAUUCCUAUUGCUCGUAAAUGA